CAGGACAACCUCAUCUCAGUAAGGGACAAUUCAGGACAAAACAACCUCAACUAAACAAGGGACAAUUCAAGACAAGAUACCUUGAUUUCAACAAGGAGCAACCCAGGAGGUCAAAACAAUACAAUUUCAAUUCAAGGGACAAAUCAAGAUUCCAUAAUCACGAGACUCAAUCCAGGACAAGACUACAAAUCAAUGGCAGAUAUAUCAAAGUCCUCCAAAUGGCUUCUGACAUUGCUGGUUGAAUUUGCAAUACAAGCCUGUGUGAACUGCGACCCGGGCGGCAUCAGGCAGACGGUCCCUGCAACCCUGGGCGAGCCUCUGACUCUCCCCUGCACCUUUAACUGCUCAAUGGGGUUCGUUCGGGGGCAGUGGAGCCAGGAGGGUAAGAACCUGGGGUGUGCAGGCUGCCAUUGGACAGAAAAGCCGGUCAUUAAGUCCGGCGACCUUUGCACGCUCCCACUGUACACGGAGGAGGUGACCCGGAAUGAUUCCCAUCACACCUACACCUGUGAAAGCAUCCAAAUUGACCAGCCGCGCCUCCCUCGCCGGACCGAACAGCAGGUGUCACUCAAGAUCAGCACAUCUCCGAAAGCCACCUCCUCCCCUUCAGUCUCUUCCAUGGCACUAACUUCCAGUGAUGGUGCAGGUGAUGAUGUGGAUGACAAUUCAUCAGAUGUGUUUCAACUGGUCAAGGUGCUGGCAGUUGUAGUAGCCUUCGUCAUCAUGGUUCUACUGAUUUCAUAUCUGUGUUUUCUGAGACGGAAAAGAGGAUGUGUUGCUGGUUCAGAGAAGAUUCCUGCUGCUAGACAUGACAGACCAGGCUCUGAUAAGGAGUAUGCAUCUGUGACGUUCACCAACACUGACUGCCAGAGUGACCAUGAGGUACCGUACGCCGACAUCGUGAUUUCCGUGCGGGGUGUGAGCACCCCAGAGCUGCGGGGCCUGCCAGGGGGCGCCCAAGGGAACCUGAGAGCGAAGUGGAGGGAAGACUCAGGGCCCGCCCCCUUACAGCAUGCCUUCCGUUCCGCUGACCGUCUGCACGUCCAACCCAGAGAAGUGUCCAGGAAGCUGAGCAGCACCUCCGAGUACGCCGUCAUCACCUACUCUACUGACGUUUUGCACUGACCUCGUCCAUGCCAUCAUCACCUAGCUAGCCUACUCAACUGACGCUCUGCACUGACAUCCACACAAUCAUCACCUAGCCUACUCAACUGACGGUCUGCACUGACAUCCACACAAUCAUCACCUGCUCUGCACUGAUGUCAACACUGUCAUCAUCUACUCUACCGACGUCCUUCAGUCAGUGACGUCCACACUGUCCCAGCCGUAGGCUACUGUACACAGUCAUCACCUUCUCCACCGACGCCCUUUGAUCACUGAUAUCCAGGCUGUCAUCAACAGUUAUACAAUGCUCUGCACUGUUAAAGUUGUUUAAGUUGUGAUGAAAUGGGGUAGGAUGAAACUGCACUGAUAUUCAGUCAGCCGAGCAAAUACCAUCCCAUCAUCCUAGCUGUCCAACUUAACUAUCUGUCCUUUUUUGGUGUAAAACUAAAGUGGUGUGUAAAGUGUAAAAAUGAGAUGUGUGCAUCUGUAUAAAGCUGCACAAUUAUGCCAUACUUUAGCCUGUAUUCCUACAAAGCAUGUUUAUUUAAAACAUAGGCCUAUGUUAUUCUGUAAAAGUAUGAUUUACUGUAAAAUCAUGAA